UCUCCCGCUGAGGUGAAGCCUGGGACGCUGCGUGACUCCGCCCCGCGGUGCAGCUAGGGGGUGUGCUUUGGGGGCACAGGGUAUAGCUAAGGAACUGGAGGGCCCAGGGUCGUGACUUCCCUAGCUUCUAGGCACCAAGCCUGCACGAGCCCAAGGGUGAUUUUUUCCGUGGGCCCAAUAUGAUACUAACCAAAGCCCAGUACGAGGAGAUAGCCCAGUGCCUAGUGUCUGUACCGCCCACUAGGCAGAGCCUGAGGAAGCUGAAGCAGAGGUUCCCCAGUCAAUCGCAGGCCACUCUGCUGAGCAUCUUCUCCCAGGAGUACCAGAAACAUAUUAAAAGAACACAUGCCAAACAUCACACUCCAGAAGCGAUUGAAAGUUAUUACCAGAGGUACCUGAAUGGCGUGGGGAAAAACGGAGCAGCCCCCGUGCUCUUGGAGCUAGCAAAUGAGGUGGACUAUGCACCCUCAUUAAUGGCUCGGAUUAUCCUGGAGAGAUUUCUACAGGGGCAUGAACAGACUCCACCCUCCAAGUCUGUUAUAAACAGUAUGCUACGGGACCCUUCUCAGAUUCCAGAUGGAGUUCUAGCAAACCAGGUCUAUCAGUGCAUCGUGAACGACUGCUGUUAUGGACCGCUGGUGGACUGCAUCAAGCACGCUAUUGGCUAUGAGCAUGAAGUCCUGCUGAGAGACUUGCUUCUGAAGAAAAACCUGUCCUUCCUAGAUGAAGAUCAGCUCCGUGCAAAGGGCUAUGACAAAACCCCAGACUUCAUUUUACAGGUGCCAGUUGCUGUGGAAGGGCACAUAAUUCACUGGAUUGAAAGCAAAGCCUCAUUUGGUGAUGAAUGUAGCCACCACGCCUACCUGCAUGGCCAGUUCUGGAGCUACUGGAAUAGGUUUGGACCAGGCUUGGUCAUCUAUUGGUACGGAUUUAUCCAGGAACUGGACUGCAACCGGGAAAGGGGCAUCCUGCUCAAAGCCUCUUUCCCAACAGACAUCGUCACUUUAUGCCAUAGCACAGCUUGACCCCGAAGAUCCUGGAAGAGAAGCCGGAAGCAAUGUUACUUUCCUGCAGUAUAAACUGCUGGCAACAUCUGCCCUGAACUUCAGCUGAACCCUUGCUGCUGCCGUCGCAGCCCUACCUCUCUAGACAAACAUAUCAAGAGUUUCUGUUUUCCUUCAUCCCUGGGUGAUGUGAAUAGCCAAGAACUACAGACACAGCCCACUCAUUAUCAGCAUUUCUGUCUCUGACAAACAGUUAGUUUAUAGAUAGUCAUAAUCUUGCUUCCUUCCGAAUGCUUUCUCCUUGUAUACUGAACAGAAGAGAAAGUAUGGAGACUGAAAGGUGUGAGUUUUCAGUUCUCCUCCCUGUGAUCAAAUAUUUUUUUCUUCUAAACCUCCAUUCAUAUUUUCUGUGUGUGUGUCUCUGUGUGUGUCUCUCUCUCUGUCUGAACUCUGUCUCUCUGUGUCUCUUUCCCUCUCUCUCUCCCUCUCCCCACCCCCACACCUCUAUUCCUUCCCCCCAGUCUCUGCAAGAGUACACUGGUACUGAGUGUUGCAUUACCCGCAGGGAAUAACCUAGCACAAACCCAGAAAAGCUGGAGACAGGAAGUCCGUAAGUAAGUGUUCCUUCUCACCUGGGGCUCAGCAGAGCGGGACCGGAGCCUUUUCUGUGGAGCCUUGUGGCCUCCUGACUUCUGUGGCAUUCAGCCAAGCUGCAAAAAUACCCCUUGAUGAGAAUUUCCUCUUUUCAUAAAGUUGAUUUGAACACCAAACACUUUACAUUGACCUCACCUUCAAGUAUGAGUUGCAGUUGUGUCUGGAAAACCACCACGCUCUUUUGGCUUGGGACUGAGGCAGGGGACUGAACCCCAGCCUCCUGUCUACAGUGGCCCUCUAAACCAGACUUGCAGUCAGCACGAUGUUAGCAGCUAUUUUUAUGAGAUUUUUUUUUAAAGUACAUUCAUUCAUACUGCUUUGAGUCUGCAUUUCAUACCACAUAAUUGUAUAAUACUCAAAUGAUUUAGACAUUAUAAAUAGUCAGCUUUGACUGAAUUAAGUGUACCAGAAGAAAUCCUCAAGCAAUUUUUAAAUAAGCAAUAUAAAAGAGAUUUUGUAUUUA